GUAGAUAACUAGUAUUUAUCUAUCAACUACUACCACAUAAUGGCAAAUCUCUGUACCCUACUACCUGAAAUCACCUCGGUGGAAAGCCCCAGAUAAUCAAAACAACCGACGUCGGACGCAGGCACCAGUCGUCACCUGACCAGCCCUGGUGCCUCACUGCUUAUCGCUGAUGAGUGACGCAGUCACGCCGCUAGACCCGCUGCUCGCCCUGGCAAGGAGCCCAGCCCCAGUCAAAUCACCUCCGCAACCAGCCCAUCCCAUCCCAUCCGUCCUCAACCUGCCCUCCGUCAUCCUACCUCCUCCAACUCACUCUCCUAAACAGUUCCCCCAUCACCACCCUUCAACUCCACCACUCUUUUUCAUCUCGUACGAUUUGAAGUCGCUCUUUCUCGUCGUCUGGCGGUCGGGCUCACUAUGAAGACCGUUUCCUUGAUUACGGCCUCUGUGCUCCUCGGUGG